GAGGGUCUGGUCAACCCUACAAUCAAGAAGGACAUAAAGGAUUCACAAAAGCUCUACUGUUGCCCAAUAGAGGGCUGCCCAAGAGGGCCAAACAGACCCUUUUCUCAAUUUUCACUUGUUAAACAGCACGGAGGAGGGUGGGGCCGGACCGGGCCGGAAUGACGCGCGCCCGAACCCCAAUCAGCCUGAUGAGUCGAGCGAGGGAUAAAGGCCACCAGAGACGGCAGUUCGAGAGAGAGAGAGAACUACAGGCAGCUGCCCUGUGUGUGUUUAUGUUUGUGUGUUUUUGUCAUUAUCAUUAAACUUUAUUUAUAUUGUCAAGCUGGUUCUCGCCGCCUCCUUUCCCUUAUAACCCCUUUACAUUGGUGCUGCAACCCGGGAGAGAUGCCCGUCGUAGAGUCCUCGACACUGCCAUCCACCCAGGGGAGCGCCGCUGCCAUCCGCCGGGGGACGGAGUAGCCCGACCGCCCGGACACGGGGAACGGGCACCGUCCACGAGGUGAGGAGGGACUGGACUCCCCGACCGCCUGGAGCGAUGGAGCCACUGCCAGGGGCGGAGGAGUGCCCUGUCAGCCGCCAGAAACGCAGAGUGGUCGAAGGAAGACCGCCGUCCACAAGGGGGGGAGGGAAUCAACUCCCCGACCACCUGGAGCAGUAGGGCCGCUGCCAGGGGCGGAGGAGUGUCCCCACGGGCCGCCAGAAUUGCAGAGGGGCGUUCUGUCCACUGGGGGUCGGAGGUUUGACUCUGGUCCACCCGGGGAGGAGCGGCUGUCGUCCGCCUGAGAGGGUGGAGGAGUGAUUGAGGACCAUGCGACAGCGCAUCAGAGAACCGGUGAGUGAGUUUAUUUUUUUCUCUCUCCUCUCUCUCUCGCUGUCGCUCCGUGUUGGCCUUUCCCUCGCCUGUGUUUUUUUUUUUUUUUUUUUCUUCUCCUGUCUCCUCCCAGGUCGAAGAAGGCGGGGAUGACCCAGGGGGGUGGGGGGGAUGUACGUCAUGCCAGGGGCUCCCCGGCCUGAGGCAACGCAGGGAGGAGUGUAAUGCGGAGGAGGGCGGGGCUGGGCCGGAAUGACGCACGCCCGGACCCCAAUCAGCCUGAUGAGGCGAGCAAGAGAUAAAGGCGAACGGAGACGGCAGUUCGAGAGAGAGAGAGGGAACUGCAGGCAGCUGCCCUUCAUUUUCAGGUUUCAUUAACAUAAUCACCAGCCAGCCAGAGGGAGACGGAGAGCGCAUUAGCGUCUGCCAACAGGAGGACGUUAAUUACUUGACUGUCGGGACUCCCUGAUGAAUUAAUGGUUCCAGCAACAGAAGAAAGGAUCCAACAUGACAGAAAAAAUAGUUCUGUCACCUGAGCAGGCUCUUGUGUUCUCUUCAAGUGACCAAUGAGCUUCUUCUUUUAUCGAAGAACUUACAAGACAUCAAGCUGAUCUGAAUGUUUUCAUCUGCAAUUGCCUCCGUUUUGUAUCGGCAUGUGUGUCAUACCUCAGAAUGAAGAGAGCGAGAUCUCAGCAAAACAGUUUGCAUGUGUGACACUCUCGGCGAAAAUAGUUGCUAGUGUGGCGGCAGCUUAACUUGAUGAAAAAUUGGACCUGAUUGACAGCCCUAAUUUAUAUUUAGUCAUGUAUGUCCUGUUAGGAAAUGAUUUGCUAUCUAAUACGUUUCCUAAUCUUACUUAUGGUGUAGCACUUUAUGAAGAUGCAUGCCGAAAAGAAGCACAAGUGUUUGAAGUGCAGUAAUAGCUAUAGUACAGAGUGGGACCUGCGAAGGCACGCUGAAGAUUGUGGGAGGAUGUAUAGCUGUACAUGUGGUUGUCCUUAUGCCAGUAGAGCAGCACUGCUGUCUCAUAUCUACAGGACGGGCCAUGAGGUUCCCAAGGAGCACAGGUAUCCACCAGUGAAAAAGAGAAAAAUUGAAAGAUUGUCAAGCAGUGCAACAAACGCUGUAUGCAUCGAACAAACAUAUGAAACACCAGACUCUAAGAAAAAGCUCACCAAGGGAGCGGCCUCUACCGAGGCAGUCUCUGAAGCCCCAGACCCAGCACAGCACAACAUUAAUCACCCUAGAAACAUCCAGAAGCUCCUACUUACGAAGCCCAAAGUGGCCCUAGUCAACUUUUCUGUCAUGCAGCUGGCCCACCUGCCCGUCCUCUUCCCCUCCACAGAAAGCACUGCAUUGAGGUCGUUGGUCUUCACCAUGGACGCACAAGGAUCUGUAAGCACUGUGCACCUUUUACAACCAUUGAUUGGUGCAGUGGUGCCUGAUCUGAACACUAAAACAGUGGCUUUCAAAGAUGCCUUCUCUGUACCUAGAUCAGCCCCAGAAACCAUUUGCACUGGAGUACAGGUCAAUCUUGAGAACCUUUCCUCUGUUGGAGAUUCAGUGAUUGAUAUUGGAGCCAGAAACAAAAGCACUUCAACAAACAUCCAGACCGACAUCUCAUACCUCAGCAGGGGUACAAAUGCCGGUCUAGUGACUGUUCCCCCCAACUGUGAGGCCUCAGUGUCUUCUUGCUCUCAGACAGACAUCAGUGUGAGCGCUCAGAUUCAGCUGCCUGUCAGCGUGCAAACCCAGAACUUACCCUCACGGAUCAGAGCCACAUCCUCCAUUGGGGCACAGACAGAUGUGUUUGGUUUCUCGUCCUUAAAUGUGACUCGAGAAACACAGACAAGCUGUUCUGUGGUGGCCCCGGUGGAUAAAAGCCAGAUAGACCAAGCAAUGUGCACAGAUCUUUUUGAUACGGAUACACUCAGUGUCUCCACUCAGGUUGCAAUGACUGAUGCUUCUUUUAGAAGCAGUGGUUUAGAGGAUCCCCUGAACGGCACUGGAUCUGGGCUCUUUGAGGACAAGACUGCUGCAUCCAUGUGUUUUGGGGCCCAGACUGACAUUUUACACCAAAAUCCAGUAGCAGACAACCAAACUCAGACCAUGAUACUUUUCCGUGACCUUGAGAACAUCCUAUCGGACAGCAUGGCUGGGACAGCUUCCAGCUGCGCUUCAGGUUUAGUUUCUGUGCACGAACCGCAUCACACUAGUAUUGACUUUGAUUUUGAGGAGUUCCUUAAUGCAACACACAUUCAGACCCAGACGGAAGAAAGCAGCUUGAACGGCCUGAAUUCAGAGACGACAUUGGAACUCCUGGACAUUGAGACACAGACUGACUUCCUGCUCUUCAACAACUUUGGUGAUGGACACAACAACGACAUGGGAAUGAAGGUGCAACCUAACGAUCUGGAGCUCGAGAUGUUCAACACCCAGACCCAGACAGACCUCAACUUCCUGCUAGACAAGAGCGGGCACAUGCCCCUUGGCGGUAUUCUCAGACAGCCUAGUUUCAGCAUGAGCACCGAGUCCUCUGACGCAGAGGCUGACAUCAGGCCUGCUCCACUGCCUCUGCCCUGCACCCAUUAUGGUCAGAUCCGGCUCAGCAGUGCUGAAACCCAGACCAACUCCAGUUCAUUUUACAGCCUGGGCCAUCUCUUCCACAUGAGUAAUGAGACCCAAACAGUGGUGGAUGACUUUCUGUCAGCGGAUUUGGCCUGGAACAUGGAGUCACACUUUAGCUCUGUGGAAACCCAAACAUGCGAGGAGCUUAUCUCACUAUUUCCUCAUGCUGAUAAACCCAAAAGCUGAGGGCUCCAUCAAGGUGGCGGUUGCAUUUUAACAUAAUCUCGUUCGGUAUGAGUUGCAGAGCUCAAAAAUUGCCCUCCGAUGACCACCAUCAUCUAGUCCAUUCUGUCAGAUGAUAAUGCUGCAUGGUCGUAAUAAUGUUUAGAAUCUCAGACAUCAUUCUGUAAAAAGCUAAUCCGUAUCUGUGACGUAUAGGUAAACCUCGAAAGCACUAUCAAAUCAAUGUAAUUAUUUAACUGAUUUAGUUUUAUUUUUGUUGCAUAUUAAUGUUCAUCUAAGUUUAGUGGUUCUAAAAUUAUUUUUGUUGCAGUAGGUCAGGUCAGAGCCUCUUGUGGGCCCCCCCCCACAUUACAUAAAAUGCCUUGUCUGGUAUACUUUCUUUUGUCUUCUAUUGUUUAGAUAACUGGAGUCUGAUUGUCUUUGUGCAUGUAUUUUUCGCCCUGGGCUAGUAAUUUGCUUUGUGGCAUAAAACAGACGUAUGUGAUGUUAAUUAGUGCCAUGCUCUUGACCCACCUAAUUAUUGUCACUGUAAGUAAAUCCUGGUUCAUGACAGAAUCCAUGCAGAUAUUUCUGGCAGACUGUUACAGCAUAAUAACUUUAAAAAUCAUAUAUAUUUAACCAGUUGAACUUGCAUCCUAAAGAGAGUUCACCCAAAAUGUAUAAUUCUCAUCAUUUACUCGCCCUUAUGGCAUCUCAAACUCGUAUGACUUUCUUCUGUGGAACAUAAAUGAAGGAUGUAUGAGUUUUUUUUUUUAUUUAAUUUUUUUUAUGACUCAAUGUAAGUCAAAGGGGUCCAAAACUUUCAAGCUCCAAAAAGGACUUAAAGGCAGCAUAAAAGUAGUCCAUAAGACUCGAGUGCUUUAAUCCAUGUCCUUGAAGUCACAGACCAAAAACAGUGAUGCUGCAUGCAGUUGCCAGGUACUCAAUUCCAAUUGAUGUAAUUAAUAAUGUGAUCAACUGAAUGUGAACAAGCUUCGUGCCAAUGAGAUGUCAAGAUUUUAUUGAAAAAGGACUUAAAUUUUGCUGUUUCUCACCGGAUAAAACACUGGAGUCGUAUGGAUUCCCUUUAUGUUGCCUUUUUGUCCUUUUAGGAGCUUGAAAAUCUUGGACAUUGUAUUGACAAAUGCACCUCAUACAUCCUUCAAAAUAGCUUAGUGUUUGUGAGUUUGAGACAGUAUAAGGGUGAGUAAAUGCUGAGAGAAUCAUCUUUUUGGGUGAACUAUUCUUUUAACUUAUGCAUGUUUCAGAUGUUACAUUUCCUUUAAAAACGGAGCUGAGGCAUUGCUCUUAUUUACUAUGAUUUGUAUCUGUGCUGUGAAUGAUAAUUUAAAUAUGCAAAUCCCAAAAGUUUACAGUAAAAUGAAACCUUUAAUAUUUCUUUGAAUGCAUGUAUUAAUUUUUAUAUUAAAUGUAUUUAGCCACCUUUAUGUAUUUCAUUUUCAGUUUACCCAUAUUAAGCUUUUUGUUGGUGCCUUAAUUUAAGUGUUCAGUAAGUAACCAUGCUUUUGAUGAAAUAUAAUUCCUGAUGCUGCUUAAUGGGGAAGCAUAAUUGCUUUCCUUGUUUGGUGUUUGGUUCUUUGUUUUGUUAGGAUAUUUGUGUGUAUGUGUGUUUAUUUGUGUAUGCUUCUUUUGAAUGAUUCAUCUGUAUGUAUGUGAUAAAUAUGGUGUAAAAUCACCUACUCAUUCACUACUCAGCCUUACUGCACUAAAUAUGAAAGCUAACCAUUGCCUCAUUUUCAUGAAGUAUUUGUAUAACAUUUAUUGUAUGCUAUUCAGUGUUUUAGCUCAAAUGUACCAGUUUGUUAUCUGGUACUGUACAUAGUGGGAUUUCGACAAGUAGAAUGUAAGUGACGCUGUGUCCGUUCACUGUACAAUAUUAAGUAGGCUGCUUGUCAGCAUUGUAACCGCUAAAGAGUUUGUGUUUCCAUGUUUAAACACUAUGAAACACUAUAAAAAUGUAUAAUUUAGAUCUGGAAAUUAGAUCUUGCAAAUGAAUACAUGAUCAUUAAUUAUAUUUAGGUAAUGAUGAUGUUAUCAUAGUAAAAGCUAUUGCUAUAGAGAACUUGAAAGAGUCCAGCACGCAAGUGUUUUUCUGUGAAGAGUGCAUGCAGUUUUUUGUGCCAAGAAUAUAUUUUGAGUUGCAGUUUGUUUGGUUUUUUUCUGUUUUUUUUUCUUUCUUUUUUUGCCAUUAUCAACAUUUGUGUCUUAUUUAACUUGGUAUAAAAGAUUAUUUAUAAUCAUUUAUAUUCAUAAUUCUAUAGUUAUGAUUAUGUAUAUUCUUUAGGGGCUGGCUCGGUGUAUCAUUUGAACCUUGGCUAUGUUCUGUUGUUUAGUCUAUCCUGCAGUAUAUGAAACUCAAAAAAUAAACUGCUGAGAAGAUUUUUGUGGGUCAUUAAUAGGAGAGGAAAGAAUAUACUGUUUAUUUACUUAACAUAAAUUCUCAAUUUGAAUAUUUAGAAUAUAUUACCUUCUACCCAAAAAAUUAAAUCAACAAAUAAUAUUUUAUGAUGUUUGUAACUAGGCUUCGAAUUGAAUAUUAAGAACUACAUGAGAUGUUAUAAAUAAAAAACAUUUAGAAUUUUAUGUGCAUUUUUCUCACUUUCGGUUGUAUUUUCACCCUGAACACCCCUUAAUUGCCAACCCUGGUCAAGCAUAAUAUCAAUAUUUUUCCCUUACAUGCUCUAUUAGUAUGGACAUUCAAAAUUAUAACAAUGAAUAAUUGUCCUGAGCAAAUAUUUUAAAUGUCAGCAAAUGUUUUAAACACAUCAGGUUAUUUUUUGAUGAGGCUUUAAAGCACAUUUAUCUGGUCACAGCCAUGUAGAGCAAUCGCACAAUUCAUGCUAAAUGUCAUAGAAUAUGACUCUUUGAAACAGAUCUGGAAAAAUGCAACUAAAAGUUUCAUUACCAAGCAAAGCUAUGGUUUCAUAUUUAAUUGUAAAAACAAAUUCUCAGAUUAUAUGACCAAAUCUCACAAUAUAUUCAUGUUUUGUGUUUCCUCACAAUACCUUUAUCCAUCUAUUAUGAAGAUUAGCCAUGGUUUAACUAUCAACCAUUAGCUCCAAUCUUCUCCAAAAUGGUAACCUCCAAAAAAAAAAAAAAAAUAAAAUAAAUAAAUAAUAAUAAAAAAAUUAAACAUGACUGAAACUCUUCUAAAUCCCAACAUAACAGAACUAAAAAGAAUCUUAUUUCAUUUUGCAUAGAAAUACACUCAAGAAAAGAGAAAGCACACACACAUUGUCCAUAGAAAAAAUCUUUCAGGAAUUGUAUUUUCAAUUUGCAUGGGACACUGAUGUCUAUUCAAAUCGAAAAAGGUUUUUUUUUGUUUUUUUUCUGAACUGAGCACUUUUGUAGCCUCUUUAUAAAAUUACUGAUUUUUUUUUUUUUUCCUAUGGACAUUGUGUGCGGGCGUUCUCUUUUCUUGGAUUUGAUUUUUUGAGCCUACACACCAAAGCAACGUGGAUAUAAGCUUUUCAGUGUUUGGCGCGGACGUUUUUUUUUUUUCUGCUUUUUGCAUAGAAAUUAGAGCUGUCAGAAUUAACACGUUAACGCAUGCUAUUAAUUAAAAAAAAUUAACGCGUUAAUUUUCUUAAUCGCGAUUAAUUCAUUUACCGUUAAUACAGCAUAAACACUGGUGCGAAGGGCGGAAACUUUGUAAUGUGUCCGCCCGGAGUCAUUACACUGUCACACACGCCACAGCUUCAGAGCCCUUCUACCAAUUGAACCUACAACCUACAAAACAUACGCGGCGGUCCCAUAGACUUGCUAUGGGUGGUACUGUAGUAACCAAGGAACGUAACAUGCUAGUUGACCGUUACGCUCUCGCAUAUGAUAGAGCCCCGGAGGUAGUUAUACCAGUACAUAAAAGAAUCUCGGACAGCGCUUCCGUAUCAGUGAUAAAAUGACGGAGAAAGGAGCUCUUAACACUAGUUGAUGUACAAAACAAACCCAUAUCAGAAUCAGAGUCAGAAUGAGCUUUAUUGCCAAGUAUGCUUACACAUACAAGGAAUUUGUCUUGGUGACAGGAGCUUCCAGUACACAACAAUGGGGGACUUGUGAUAGAAAUCAAGUAUUUUUUCAGCCUAGUAAGGUACAUUUUAAUUACCACAGAAGCACACCAAAUCUUAACUAUCACCAAAAUGCAGAAUGUUAUGUUUUUAUUUGCAAGCGCUUUUCAUUCUGUUCAAAGCGGCGUGGGAACUAGUUCUUUCAAUUAGUCAAACUCCCACUUAGAUUUUGGGAAACAUUUAAUGUUACCUGAAUUGGUGCUAUUUUAGUGAAUUUCUGUCUUUAUAUUGUGCAAGGCUUUGUUUUGAAAACAUUAAUAAAGCAUUAUAUUGUUACAUAUUGUUUUGUUUUCUUCCCUAAGAUGGAAAUGAAUUUUGACAAGAAAAGAAGUAUAUGUAGUAGAGUUGGGGUACUUGAGUUUGGACUCGGACUCGAGUCCGAGUCAUGAGUCCAAUUUUAAUGGACUUGGAUUUGUCAUGGACUCGGAUGCAUUUUUACUAGGACUUGACUCAGA